AUGUUUUUCGGAGUGGUGGACUCGUUGAUGGAACCUCGGGAGCUUGUUCGUUCGUGUCUUUUUUGGAAAGACUCUACCACCGGCGUGCUGGCCGACUGUGUGUUUGAAGACGGUGGCGGCGGACCACUAGUCCCAGUCGGAUGGUUGCCAAACAUGGUGGUGAAGAAAGACGACUCGGAAGAGCUGUUUUUCUGGUGUCUUUUGAAAAACGGCUUCGAAUGGUGGCUGUCUGAGUUUGUGUUGUACAACUGGCUAGACGAGUCCUCAAUCGUAGACAACGGGCGCGGUUUCGGGACAGAGUCUUUGUCGCUGGUGUACAAUGGCGCGGUGCCCGGCUCUUCAACCGCCAAUGGCGGAGCAGACGCAACAGGCUGCAGUUUUUCUCCCAGAGUGCGAUGCUCGCCCGACCGGUCGGCCUCUGCGGUUUGGUCGAGCGACGAGUCGUACGAAGAGCCAGAAAUCAGUGAGAUUGUCGGACUCGGAGGCUCCAAUUUGGGCAUAGACGCUUUUCCCAGGGUCUUGCGCAACAACUGA